AAAUUCUGAAUACGUGGAUAGCACGGGUGACGUUUCCCACCGGUCGCGACUCGCACGGCAAGGUAUCACCUCGGACAGGGGGAUGAUAUUUCUGGUCGACAGGAAGAAUUACGUUACAAUUAGUAGUGGUGGAUUUGGUGACCAGACUCAGUUUUAGGAAUAUCAUCUCUAUGAAUGGCACGGUUGAGGAAAUCAGACAUGAUGUACAUCAGGCGACGGGUGGUGCUGUCCGUGUUUAUUGUCGCAGUGUCAGCCUCGAUAUGGGUCCAGAUGUUAACAGCGAGUAUCACUAGACAAGCAGAUGCCAAUAGCAUGGACACAUCAGAACCUGUAUGCAAUGUGAGUCUGGCUCCUCCCGGCAGUCGUCCAAUUGUAGCACUAGCUAGCUAUCCCUGCUCCGGCAAUACAUGGACAAGACAUCUUCUUGAAACAGCCACAGGCAUAUACACAGGAUCCGUCUAUCAUGAUAAAAACUUAUACCAAGGAGGAUUUCUUGGGGAGAUGGAAAACUGGCAAUCUGGUACGACUUUAAUUGUAAAAAGACACAGUCAUGAUCCAACACAGUAUUUGAACUUUCACUCAGCCAUAAUGCUCAUCCGAAAUCCUUAUUCAGUAAUUUUAUGUGAACGUAAUCGACAGGUGACUAACAGUCACACAGAAUAUAGUAGUAAAGAAGAUCUUGUUAAACUCGACAAAAAAUCAGGAAAGGAUUGGAAAGACUUUGUGAAGUGGCAAAUUCCACGGUGGGAGGACGCUGUCAUGUCAUGGAUGGAAAGCACACGCCCACUUUUAGCUAUCCGAUAUGAAGACAUGAAAGAAGAUCCAGUUAGAGAAGUUAUCAAAAUGACAGACUUCCUAAACGUAACUAUUGGGGAAAAUGGACUUAACUGCUUAAAGCAAGACAUUGAAGGUAGAUUUCAUCGAUCAGCGGACAGUGAAAAAUUACAGUUGAUUGAGGAGUUGUAUACCGAAGACCUACGUAGUGCUAUUGAUAGUACGAUAGACCGUGUAACGAACAAACUGACAACACAUGGAUUUCAACCAGUCAGCGCAAUAGCCUGAUAUAUGAAAAAAACAAACAUUUUAGAACGUAAAAAAAAAAAAACGAUUUGUCUCCAUCUUAAAUUUACACUCACCGAAAUAUUUUAUAUAUACAGAUUAACGAGAUGGAGAGACGUUUUUCUUAUGGGCAACAAUACACAUAAUUUGUUGAUCUGCAAUACAUUGUAUUUCUCACACGUUAGUAAUCUUAGAGAAACAUUUAUUCAAGUAAUAUACUCAACACAGAAAAAACAAAUAUAUGGUGACUUAUAUGUUCCACUGCAUUGAAGAGUACGAGUACGAAAAUACAUUGACAAUUCAUUGAUAGAAGAACUAUUUACAUUGGAUUAUGUAUCAAGUAACUUUAA